UUGUAUGCUGUUCCGAUGGAAUUCGUGUAUUUAUUGCUUUUUCUGUGUAAAUUUGAGAAGAAAUCGUAUCAAUAUAAAUGAGUUUGCAAGAUAGUUACUUCUCCGAUGAUGUGGAGAACGAUUUAAUAGACUUCUCCAAGGACGAAACAAGAAAGAGAUGUAGAGGAAGAUUUCUCAACUGUGAAAAAGAAUUUAAAUUCAGCAACAACUGUUUUUACUCAGUCUAAUUAACCAGAGUUGAAUGAACGAAUAAUUUUGACCUGCUGAGUGCUGGUGUUUCCGCCGGUGAACAACUAUAGACGAUUUCUUAUACAUCAACUUGUGCAAGAUCGGUAUUCGAAUCUUUUGUACACAUUUUCCAUCGGGCAGGGCGUCGCGAGGAGAACUGUCGUAUGCUUUAAAUCCGAUGUGAUAAGGGAUCCAAAAGCGAGUGCAAUGGGUGUUCAAGAACAGUGUUCACUUUCGUCGACUCAGGAAUUCAGCGUUCAAAAACAAAGAGUAAAAACAGUUCCCACAGUGGAGAUUUAUAGACCGCCAGCUGCUAGGAGAAAAAGAAACGAACCUGUAAUUUCCGAGUCAACGACCAAUCAGCCAGUAGCAGAUUCCUGUGCCUCUACUAAAACAAUUCGCCAGAAGCGACCGGAUCGCGCGGUUUACGUGCCAAGACACAGAAGAAGUUUAGAAGUCGAAGAGAGUCCAGUGCGCCAGGAAAAGAGUCGAUUGGACAAGCACAAAGAGCAAGAUUCAAUUCUCACAGAAAAAAUAUUGCCUUCUUCAAAUAUUUCAACAAUUAAUAAUGAAAAAUAUCCAGAGAAGGGAGAAAAUUUCCCCUCUGAUUUUAUCGAAAAUCAAGAGACCGAUUUGACAACAACAAAUUUAAAGCUUAUUUCAAAUUCUCAAAAUGAUGAGUCUUCCAAUUUGAGUAAUUGUACAACAAAUUCCUCCAAAACAGAUGAAUCGUCAAGAACAGAGAGUAGUUUAAUUCUAGAAACAGAUGAUAAUUCAAAUAGAUCUGCAUCUGAUAGUAAAUUAAUUAAAUUCAUUAAUGAUAUAAAAACAACGGAUGAGAAUAAUAAAAAAAUUUCCUCUAGUGAAACAUUAACAAUAGAUAGAAAUAAUAUGAGUGAAAUUAUAAUGUUCAAGUCUAAUGAAGAAAAUUGUGAUAUUGAAAUGUCGCCGAAUCGUCAGGAAGUUGAUGAUGAUGCUUCUCGACGUGACAUUGUUGUUAAUCAGAAGAAUAAAAGAAUAAUUAGCAAUAAUUCGAAAUCUGAUGUUAUCAUUAUUACUGAUGAUAGAAAUAGAGAGGAGGCUGUUAAGGAAGAGGUUUCUGUUACUCCAAUUACACCGCCAGAGAAGAAGAAAGUGAAGAAAAUUGAGAGGCCGAAAAGUAAACCUGCCGCGCCACCUUCACCUUCUAUUAAAGCUGAUAGGGACGAAUUGGAUUGGGAUAGUCUUUUUGAUGACAAUGGCGAUUGUUUGGAUCCAAGUCUCAUUAAUGAACUUACAACGGCAGUUGGUGAAGUUACAAUCGAGCAACCGAAGAACAGUUAUAAAACGUAUACCAAGACUAUUGAGGUCUCAAGCGAUGAAUAUGCGCACGUUCUUGAAAUUUACAAUUUUCCCUCGAACUUUAAAACCUGCGACUUGGUGGCGGUUUUCAGUCCAUUCAAAAGUGGUGGCUUUGAAUUAAAAUGGGUUGACGAUACCCAUUGUUUGGGCGUUUUUAGCAGUCCCCUCGUUGCGGCGGAGGUAUUGGCAUCUGAUCAUCCAGUUGUAAAAACUCGACCUCUCAGUGAGGCCACUGCACUCAGUAAAACAAAAGCAAGAAGGGGCUCGGAAUUUUUACAGCCUUAUAGAAAUCGUCCCGAGACGUGCGCCGCUUUAGCGAGGCGUUUAGUCACCGGAGCUCUAGGUGUUAAAUUAGCAACCGCCAGACAAGAACGUGAACGUGAAAAAAUCGUUUUGCGUGAAGCCAAAGAAAAGAAAAAAUUGGCGAAUAAGCAACGCGAUGACGCUUGGGAAGGUGUGAUUACUGAAAAAUAAUAACUUUAUAGCGGAUAUAAUUUUUUUUACAAAAAUGACCGGUCAUAUACGAAAAGAGACUCUCUGUUAAUUGAAGAGUCUAUUAUGAGCAAUGAGAAAAAGAAGAUGAAGAAGAAAAAGAAGAAAAACUGGAACACGAAAACAAAGGUGAAUAAUAAAAAGAAAAGAGAAGA